AUGUACUGGAGCUGGUUACAGCGUGUUUUCAUCCCGGGAGUGUUUUCCAGCAAAUGGUACAACGGUCAAAAAGAAAAUCAAGCAAUUUAUAUUGGUAAUAAACACUCUCUUCUUGUUGGAAUGGCUCGACUAAGACAACUCAGAGUGAAAGCGAGUAGGCGUUUUUUUCCAUUUUUAUUACUUUUUGCAUUUAAGUGAAAAGGCUAUUUACCCAAACACGUCAUUUCACCUUUUAUAAUUGUUCAUAUCUAAUUGAGUUUCAUAGAGGAGUGAUUAGUGUCCAAACUUAUGGAGUGAAAUAUGGAGUGAAAUAACAGUUUAUUCAAGUUCUCGUAGAAAAAGAUUGACAUGCGCCGAUAACAAAUUUCUCAACUGCUGACCAUUCUAAUAAUAAUCUAGACGAGUGUUUAUAUAGCUGCGUUUUUUUAUGGACGUUUAUUACAUUUAGCUUUUGAUAACGGCAUUCCUUUGCUCCUUAGGCAAAUGCUGCUUAGAAGGCUUUUAAAACACCUUCAGUUCUCCAUAACAAAAAUGUCCAUGCCUAUUUCAAAGUACGAAAUGUGACAAGUCGGUAAGUGAAAUGAAUACCAGAACAACCUUCCUAAUUCUAAUCCGUUGUUUUCCAACUUUCAGCACAAUGUGAAGUCCUAAACUAUAUGAAAACAAUGUCCGAAGAAUGUUUCAAUGGAUACUCUACAAAGAACGAAGACAAGACCGCCUACAGCAAACCACGCUGGAGGCCUGUCGACAAUACUACGAGGAAUGACCAGUUAUUACAACUUUGUCCAAAGCCAUGGCGAUAUCAGCAUGCCGAGAAAAUUGACACUAGACCCAGGUGGGGACAGUUCUCCUUUUAUGAUGGAGGAGGAUUUGUAGCAGACCUCGGGUAUGAUAACCAUACGGGGUUCAGUAAAGUAAAAAGUUUACAAAACAACGGUUGGCUUGACAGGCAAACCAGAGUUGUCCUGGCAGAGUUUUCCACAUUCAAUCCGUCGGUGAAUAUUUUAAGUGUUGCCACAUACUUCUACGAAGUUGAUGCAUCUGGACUGAGAGCAGCCUCCAUGCAAAUUCGUGUUCUUUCACUUGAUUCUACAGGCACACCCUCGCAUCAGUUUUACUUGAUUUGCUUGUUCCUGUACAUUGUAUUGGUUUUUCUGUAUUUUGGAAGGGAAAUUUUCAAACUUUACGGUCAUCGUUCUCGAUAUUUCAAGUCUAUCUGGAAUUGGGUUGAGAUGUUUCAAAUUGUUCUUUCUCUGAUUGCCGUAUUGAUACACAUAAUACGACAAAGUGAAGUCAGUUCAACCAUGGGCAAACUGCAUAAAAAUAUUUACGCAAAUCUAAGUUUCCAAGAAGCUAUCAUUAGGCAAGAAGUGGAAAAUGUCGUACUUGGAAUUCUUACUUUCAUCGUCACCACCAAGCUGUUACGAAUCAUUCGCUUCAACAACUAUGUUGCUCUAUUCUCCAAAACAUUGAAGCUAUCUGCACGAUAUUUGUCAUCCUUUAGCAUUAUUUUAUCCAUUUUCUUUGUGGCAUUAUUGCAUUUCGGUGUCUUGAUGUUUGGCUCUGUAUCUGAGCGCUACUCUUCGGUGCUGAAAGGAGCUUAUUUCCAACUCGAGCUAACUCUUGGCCGAGUAAAAGUGAGACCAAUCGAUGAAUUAGCAGAGGCUUACACGAUACUCGCCAAAAUAUUCGCCUUCCUAAUUCUCUUCACUCUCACUAUUCUCUGUAUGAACUUCUUCAUCGGCAUAAUCAAUGAUUCUCUUUUGGAUGCCAAGAACAACGCGAACGAAAGUGAGCUGUAUAAACUUAUUGAUGAGAACCGUUGCUCGAGCUCAAAAGAAAAAAAAGAAUUUUUCGAUUCAUUGAAACAGUCGAGAACGUCCAAAACGUCAGCAGAAGUGAAGGACAAAGAAUCAGAAAACGUUGGCCUUGACCCUAAGAACAGUUCCAAUCUCAACUUUGAUUUAAUAAGCCAAGCUAUCAUAGCUUGGAGAAAGAAAAGAUCUAGAGAAGCAAUAGAUAAACAGCAAUGCAGCAUAAGGAUAAAAUCAUUUUUCGACAAGAGAAGCAAAAUGUUAAAAUCUUUGAAAGGUGAAAGCAAUGACUACUGCAGCAAACGUAGAACAAAAAAGAAAGUAAGAUUUCAAGAAGAUGUCGUCGAGUAUUGUCUCCGUAAAUUACGUAAGAGAGAGCACGACCUGUUACAACGGCUGGAGAGCAUUGUUUUAGGAUUCUCAACAGAAGACGAAGAAUUUGAUUAUUUAUUAAAAAUAGCGGAAGCGUAUAACCACUAG